AGCCGCGUAGAAAUCGUCGCGUUUGUCGGAGCGCGUGGCGUUUUUAGAGGCGGAGCGGCCUUUAGAAGCGACGGGGCCCAGUAUGUUAUGUGAAGCGAAAAUACGUAGGGAAGUGCGCUCGCACAGUGUUAAAACAGUGUAAAAUUAGUGCAACAAAUGUGAAAAUUUAUUAAAAUAAAGUGGUGAGAACGUGCGAAGUGUCGUUAUGUGAUGUGUUGUUGAGUGUGGAAGCUAGUGCAGCCGUCAUGAAGAGCAAACGUCUGUGGAAAAUGUGAAAAAGUGUAUAGUGUAUGUGUGGCGCGACGAAAAACAAGAUUUCUCAAUGAGGUGUUCAGGGCAAAAUGGUCAGAGAGACUAGACACCUUUGGGUUGGAAAUUUGCCCGAUAACAUACGUGAAGAUCGCAUUCGAGAACAUUUCAAACGUUUGUCGGAGAUUGGCAAACAUUAUGGAAGAGGAAGUUAUGGCCGCGUGCAAAGUGUCAAGUUGUUGCCACGGAGCGUCAAGGAAGAGACGGGCGAGACAACGACGGCGUGCACGGUGGCAUUUAUGGACAUCAAAAGCGCGUCAAAAGCGCACACCGCGGAACACAAAAUUGACGAGAAGACUCUGACCACGGAGUACUACGAGCCCGCUGCCAUUCCGUCCGCUGCCUCGCCGCAGAACACGAACUCUACGUAUGCCACUUCUCCGGGUAGCAUUCGAUUUACAAACAAUCACGGAACAACGGAAGAACACGGAAACUUUCCCGAAAGGUUCUACGAGAGGAACAACAGUCGUGUAACAGACGCCGAAUACAUCCGCCGAACGAGUUACCACGACGGUAGGGGUCGCAAUAGGGAUAGGGGAUAUCGAAAUGGUCCGUACAAUAACGUCAUCGAUCGACAUAGACCGCUUAAUAGUACCUGGUCGUACGACUCCUCGCGAAGUUACAAUAGUGAAACAGGGUAUGGAACGACGACUUCCGACACGAACGACAGGAGAUCGUCGGAUUCCCAAAGUACAAAAAAGAAGACCAAAUCGAGGUCGGGCAGUAGGUCGAUAUCCCCAUCCGGUAGCACGUCGAGUCGUUCGCCGACGAGAUCGCGAUCGCAAAGUAGCAGUAGUUCCUCGAGUAGCACCACGUCGCACGCGUCCAGUUCGACGAGUUCGCCGAAAUCUCGAAGGGUGGCGUUGUCGGGAAACGCCUCCCAUCAGCCCGUUGUGCAUUCGGACGAUAGGAGGCCUUUGGCCAUUUGCGUUCGGAAUCUUCCGCUAAGAUCGUCGGACACGUCGCUGAAGGACGGACUCUUCCACGAGUAUAAGAAGCACGGUAAAGUGACGUGGGUGAAAAUCGUCGGUCAGGGCGCGGAGCGGCACGCGAUUGUUUGCUUUAAAAAGCCGGAGGACGUCGAUAAGGCUCUUGAAGUCAGUUACGAUAAACUAUUUUUCGGGUGUAAAAUUGAAGUCGCUCCGUAUCAGGGAUACGAUGUGGACGACAACGAAUUGCGACCGUACGAGGCUGAAAUCGACGAGUUUCAUCCUAAGGCGACGCGCACACUAUUCAUCGGUAACUUGGAGAAGGACGUUACCGCUUCUGAUCUCAGGAAACACUUCGACCAGUUCGGGGAAAUUAUAGAAAUUGACAUUAAAAAACAAGGGGCUGUGAGUUCGUACGCAUUUUGCCAGUACUCGGACAUUAUUAGUGUGGUUAAAGCCAUCCGGGCGAUGGAUGGCGAACAUUUAGGUAAUAAUCGUAUUAAACUAGGGUUUGGGAAGUCGAUGCCGACUAACUGUGUGUGGUUGGAUGGUGUUGUGGAUAGUGUUAACGAAAAGUACCUGACGUUACAGUUCGACUCGUUCGGACCGAUUACAGAAGUGAAGAUAGACAGAGAUAAAGGGCAGGGGUUAAUCUUCUACGACCAAGUGGUUAACGCGCAGGCGGCUGUCGCGAAAAUGCGCGGAGUGAACAUGCGCGGUCGCAAAAUGCAGGUGGACUUUGCCAGUCGGGAGUGUCAAGAGGCAUUUUACGAACAUUUAGAAAAACAAGGACAUACGACUGAUAGGACGAACUUUGAGGACCGGACUGCGGCAGUGCGAACGUUUGAUGUCGCGGUUCCGACUGCCACCACGCGAUUCGCGCGAUACGAGACGCCUACGCGACCGCGAACUGCUUCGUACAGCAGCCGAACUAGUGCCACGACCGGUCAGUGUAACGCAACUUCUACGGUUCACUCGCCUAGCACGCCGGGCUCGGUGACCCCUCGAGGGAGCGGCUCGCGUUCGCGUCUCGCGAGGUUCGCCGAAUAUUACGAUCAGGGCGUAACGGAAUACGGCGAGCGAAGGUACCGAAGUUAUGACGAAUACAGUCAAGGCAGUGCGGCCUCGCACGAAGACGGUUACGAACACGAAUACCCAUUCAAUCGGGAAAGUCCGUCGCACAUCGACUCCCUAGAAUCUCGCUCGUUGCAGCAUAACACCGAGGUCACCCUAACCUUUGCACCACCCGACAUCCGCAACCUGCAAAAGGAACGCUACCACCUACUGGAACAGCUGGAGGACUACCCCAGCUCGGGGGACGAGCUGGUGAGUCCGAAGAAAAGGAUACGGCUCGACAUCUUAGAGGGCGCCGCGGCUAGCGAUGUCAUAAUAGAGGCGAAUCGCGACCACAGAAAAGUAAUGGAAAUCAGACGAACAUCGGACGGAAGCCUCAAACACCAUUCACGAAGACCAUCAGUCGACAGCAAGCACGGAGUCGGAAUAGACCGAAUCGCCUACAUGCCUCACGCGGUCUGCAAGCGGCGAAAAACGGCGGGUAGCGACAGCAGUUCCAAAAUCCAACACCACGAACUCUCCGGAUCGGAAAGCGUCGGCAGUUCUCGACCGGGCACGCCGCUAUGCGACGAAAAACCGGACUUCCCCACCGAACCCAGAAGGAUACCUCGAGAACGCGAGGGGCCCAUAAGCCUGCCCUUGCCUCGGUUCGCCGCGCAAGUCUUGGGAAAGGGAAACGUGUCCGUCGCCGGAAUCAAGGGACAGAAGGACAACGUGCUGUCGAGCCCUCCGCCGGCCGCCACCAGCCCGAGAGUCUCCACCCCUCUCACGCCCAGCCUGGCCCAGGUACCACCGCCCGCCUCCCCGCCACCCAGACCGCCCUCGCUCAGCUCGAACUCUAGCGACAGCGACAUAACGCCACCCAGCCCGUCUUUGGACGAACGAAUCCGUUCCCUCGACGAGAAGUACGAGAAGUGGUCCGGCUCGAGGGCAGUGAGCGCUGCGGGCAGCGAAGCACUGGCCAAAUUGGACGCCUCGGCAUCGGAGAGGUUUAGGUUUAGUUAUAAAUUGUUAGAUCUCGAUCUUAAAGAGCUUCAGCCUUCGGAGAUAGUUAAAUCAGUGCUGGCAAAACCCUCCGUCUUCGACGAGGACUCGAAAAGGCUCGAGAACGUCGGCGAGAAGUACGAGAUUAACCUUUUUCCGAAAACGCCAACGACGCCGUCGGUCCAAACUACGGUACCUGUCACGCCUUUACCACCCGUACAACCUCCCGUGCCGAAGGUAGCUACAACCACCGCGCAAUUGCCAAAGACUCCCACCAUACAAUCUCCUAGAUCUUCAGGUUCCAAUAUCCCGACGGCCAAAGGUCUGCAGUACCCAUUUCCGAGUCAUCCCCCGCUUCAAACUGUGAUCAGUGCACCAUCGACCCCUCCGGUACAAACGCCGCAGCCAUUACCACCGACGUCCACUUCGCGAGUUAGCAGCCAUGGCGACAAUAGACUCAAGUUAUGUGCUAAUAAUAGUUCAAGUGGUGAUAGUAGGACUUCUUCUAAAUUGAGUGUAAAUCGUAGUAGUUUAGCGGUAACAAAUUCGACACAAAGUAACAGUAGUAAAAAUGGUGUCAACAUUCCUGUAAAUCCAAGUGACAAUGCUACCGUUAGUUCAAAUGCGGAUACGAAAGUGAAAAGUGCGCGUGAUAAAGUGGCUAAUCGUAGGGAUUCGACUAGUAGUGGCGGGUCGCCUAGAGGUGAAAUUAGGAAUAGACGAAAUAGUGAGAGUAGUAGUGGACGUAGAAGCGAUGUAGGUGAUAAACAAAGUGACAAUUGUGAUACUGCGUGCGAUAGAAAGUCGGACGAAAAGGAAAAGGGCGAACUGCAGAGGAUAGAGAACGAGAGGUUAGAAAAGGAGCGGUUGGAGAAAGAGAUUUUGGAAAGGGAACGUUUAGAGCAAGAAAGAUUGGAGAAGGAGCGGUUAGAGAAAGAGCGGUUGGAGCGGGAGCGAAUCGAGAAAGAGCGACUGGAGAAAGAGCGCGCCGAAAAGGAGAGGUUAGAGAAGGAGAAGGUCGAGAAAGAAAGGCUGGAGCGCGAGUUCCAACGCGAGCGAGAGGAAAAAGAGCGAAAAGAAAGAGAGGAGCGUGAAAAGCGAGAAAGGGAGGAGCAGGAGAGAAUAGAGCGCGAGAAAAAAGAAAGGCGGGAGAAGGAGGAGCGAGAAAGGCGAGAGCGGGAAGAAAGAGAAAGGAAGGAAAAAGAAGAACAGGAGCGGAUGGAACGGGAGCGGAAGCGAGAGGAAGAGCGAAAACACAAAGAAGACAAUCACGAAAAGCGGCGAGACGAACAUCGGCAUCGCGAUAAUCACGGCGACUCCAAGCAUAAAGACACCACCGAAAGAAAUACCAAAGAAUCUAGAACAAAAGAUACCAGCAACGAAUUGUCCAGAAAAGAUACGAUCGAUUCCAAAAAUAACCACGAGAACAAAAACAACCACGAAAGUAGGGAAAUCCGACGGGACGAGAAAAGCAAGCAUCAUCAAGACCGAGACUCUGAAAAGAAGAGGGACAGUUGCAAGGAAAACAGAGAGAACAAUUUACACGACAAAAUCGUUAACAUUGUCAAUGAGGUUAAAGAAAACAGCAAACCGAUAGAAAGUCGACAUUUUUCCAUUGAUAUCGAGAAAAGCAAAGUCGACAUCGGCAGAAGAAAAGAAAGGAACAACAGUUUACCUGCCAACCUCGGCUCCAAAAGACGAUUAAGUUCUCAAGACUCAUUUGAAGGAAUAGACGAAAUUAAAAAGAUAAAGUUAAGUCAGGACCAUCGGAAGAUAUCGGAUCGGAGAGACUCGAAGGAUAUUAGAAGUGACGAAAAAGUUAAGGUGAAACAUAAAAACAACAUAGCCAAAAUCAUAGAAGAUAAAUUGAGACACGAGAAGCUUAACAGCGUAAAGGAAGUCAAAGAUCGAGACAAGGAGGAGAAGCACAAACAUAAGCAAAAAACAGACAAGCAAAAAUCGAAAGAGAAGAUCCGAGAGAAAGAUUCCCCCAUUUCGAAAGUUCCAAGUAAAGACUCGUCGAUCGACAAGGAUUUUUUGGCGAGGCUCGAUUUGCAGUCGACCGAAGAUUCCGAGAGGAUGCGACAAAGGAAAGAGUCGAAAGAGAAGCGCAAGCAGGAGACCGUCGAGUUGGAGGAGCGCAAAAGCGAGGAACAUCGCAAAACCGAGGAUAGGAAAAAGGAAAAGCGAGCGUCGACCGAGAGAAAAAGUCGCGAUGAGAAUCCGUGCUCGAAGUCCGAGGAGAAGAAAAACUCCAAGAAGGAGCGCAUCAGGAAGGUGACGAGUUCGGAUGCGGCAACCGACUCGGAUGAGCCGAAGAAACAACCACAUUCCAUAUUCGAUAUUGUCGAUGACGAGCCCGCGUACAUUUCGAUGUACGAUAAGGUUAAAGCCCGAAGUUGUAAGAACAUGCAAAAGCAAGAAGAAGAGAAGCGCCAAGAGAAGCUUAAGGCGAAAUUCAACCAGCUCAAGCAAAGCCGAGCGAAGCGGGAGGAGAAGAAACGGUCGACGUCUUGGGACGAGGAUUCUGACUCCGAGCACGAGAGGCGCGAGCACACGAAGAGCGAGAAAAGUCGCAAAAGUUCCAAGGCGCUGAUCACAAGUUCCGAUGACGACACCGUCAGUAGCAGGAGUAAACAACGCAAAAAACGAGACUUGUACACUGAUUCCGACUCGGAUAAACACAGACCGAGCAAAAUCGAUCACGUGGAAACCAGCGAAGAUGAGACCGUGAAGAGUAAAAAGUCGUCGAAAUCGCGAAUUGCCAGCGACAGCUCUGGUGAUGACUUUAAAACGUUGAGGGAUUACAAGAUGAAAUCGCAGAUUUAUUCCGAUAGCGAGCUGGAUAACCUCUUCAUAGAUCUCGAGGAGAAAUCGCAUAAGAAGGUGAAGGACGAGGAUAAGUACAUUAAGAAAGAGAAACGGAAUAAGCAAGAGUUAACCAGCGAGCAGAUUAGCGUGCAGAUUUUCGGCGAAUCUCCCAUACCCGAGACAAAAUCUGAAAGCGCCUACGACAACUCGCGAAUCUUCGGCGACGUGUCCUCGGCCGAAGAGACUCACGAAACCAAAAAGGAGAAGAGCGACACGCACAGGAAACGGAAAAAGAAGCAAAAGCGACAGAAGCACUCGCUUACAAGCGAAGACGAUACGAAGCUGGAGUUGACCGUCGAGUUGAUCAAAGACGAAAGUAUAGAAAGAAUGAAGAACUCCGAGAAGAAAAGGCAACAUAGCAAAAAGGACAAGAAGAAAGAUAAGUGCAAGGACGAAACGAAGCACAAGGAUAAAUCGCGAAAGUCGAAGAAAUCCAAGUCUGAGCUUGGCAAGUCCGAUACGAAACGCGAUGGGAAAAUGGAGAAUAUAUUUGGCUCGUUCUCGGACGAUUCUGAGCACGGCGGCAAAGAUCCGGAGAGGUCCGAUCACUCGUUUUUGGACCGAUUCGGAGAUGACAAGUUGCAAAUGUACCCCAGCGAUUCUGAUAGUAUAUCUCACAUUGAAAAGGAGCUUCACAAGUCCGAGCAACGCAAAGAGGAGCAUAAAAAGAGGAAAGAAAAGAGGAGGCGCGAGAAGGAAAAACGUAUGCGAGAGGAAGAAAUUAACGAAAACAGCAUGGAUUACAUCGACAUGGGCAAACAGCUGGAGGCCAAUAUUAAAGAUGACAGCGAUGACAUUCUUGAUACCACGACAACCAGUGUAAAAAGCGAGCAAGAGGAACGGAACGAAGACUCGUUUAGAUUUACGGAUGGUGACGAAAUUUCAGAAGUGAAAGUGGAGGUGGAUCGAAAGGAGGUGAGAGAGAAAAAGAAGAAACGGAAGAAGAGCAAGGAAGAAAAGCACAAACACCACCAUCACCAUCACGAUAAAAACAAGCUGAAAUCGCCGGAAAUUAAAAAGGAGUUCGAGUUAAGCGCCGAAGUUGUCGACGAAAAGCCGAGCUUGUCAAGUCCGAGUUUGCCGAGUAUUUUAGAAUUAUCGAGUCCGCCUUUGAACAAACCAAGUUCGCCAGUAAGCGCCGAGAUCUCGCCGCCCAAAGAGAAGAAGCGCGACAAGCUCAUUCCCGGUUUCGGUUCGGAAAUUGACGAGAAAGUGCACGAGACCGCGAUCAAAUCGAUAUCCGAGUUUAAGUCGCCCAAGCCCGAAGUGAGCGGUGAGGUUACGGAGGAGCCGGUGAAAGUCGAGAAGGCGGAAGCGGCCGAGGAGAAACCGCGCGUCGUGAUCUCGCAGGAGGAGACCGAGGACGCGGUCGCCGCGCUUCUCGGCGAGAGUUUCGGCGGUAACGAGUAUGCCGGUUGUUAUUCGGAUGAUCAGCAAAAUUUGGACAGUAGCGAGCAGGAUACGAACGUGCCCGAGGUUAACAUCGCCGAGGACCUGGAGGAGAUGCGCCAGGCCGUUCAAAGUCUCAACUCGAGCGAUUUGGAAAUUAAGCCCGACACUCCGCAAAGCGAGAACGAUCUUCAGAUAGACACCGAUACCGAAGAGCCGGAGGAGACACCGGUGCGCUACGAUCAACCGCCGAAAACGCCCGAUUUGGUUGAUGCGGCGCCGCACGUGCCGAAAACUCCCGAUUUGCCGAGCAGUUACUAUCGUGACAAUCAGAAAGCGACAACUCUCGUGAUUAAAGCUACAAGUCUGAGUAGUCCGCCGUCGUUAACUCCGAUCAAGCCUAUGGUUCUUCCGCAAUUGAAAGCUGAGAGCAAGCCGGUUUUGGAAGCUCCCGCCGUGGUGUCCAAACCGACUGCGCAGGAGAUCAAGCCCGAGGAACCGAAAGUUGAACGUAAGCCCGUUGAAGUGGAAGUUCCCUCGCUCAACGCAAUUAAAACGGCACCAUUCACUACGCGCCCUUUUACUCAGCCAGUUAUAACGCUCUCCGAGAAGCCGCAAGUACCUGCGGUUACGGUUCAAUCAAAACCGGAACCGUUGCAAAGUUUCGUGGACGCAAAAGUGUUUUCUCCAACAAUUCCAGCAGUGAAGCAACCACCGAUUGCGAUUCCGUACAGUACUACAAUCCAUCUGCAGUACAGUUCUGCGCCAAAACCAAGUUCUACAGUGGCCACGCCGGCGCCAACAACCACAAUCUCGUUUAACCGUCUACCGAUUACCCCGGUGAUGAUGACCAAAUCGUUUCAACAAACAGUGUCGCUACCACAGCCAAUCACUGCGAAAUCAGACUUUCUCGGGAGCGCAACGGACCAACAACACAAGGGAAUUCAUCAGACGCCCCAGCCGCCGUCUCCGUACAUUUUAAAUUCUCAGUCUCGGAUGCUUGUGCAAACCAUUCCAAGGACGCCUCCUUCUCAUGCAGCUCCAAAACCGAUACCAUCUGUCACCUACACUCCUUACUCGUACACGCCGCCUGUUGUCUCCAAAGAAGUAGUGCCCGAUAAUCCUAAACCUCUACCAGAAUUGCCAAGAUUAAUACCGUCAUCCUAUCCCACGACAUAUACGCCAACUCCCCACGUUCCACCAGCAACGAUAUCACCACAAGUCACUGUGCCUCCGAAACCGGUCGAAGUUAAACCGGUUAUACAGGAGACGCCGGCAUUGGCCAGUUUGUCCUCUUGCACUCCCCCUGUAACGGUUGCGCAACCGCAACCCCCCAGCAACACCGAAGAGGCGAAACCUGAGCCCAAAAAGGAGCCAGAACCACCUCCUCUACCCAAAGCAGAAAUCGAGGAAAAGCAUCCAGUUGAAAAGCAAGAGAUUGUAGAAACGCCCCAGGUGGAACCGCCCCAGGAUAAACCGGAAAUCAAACUGGAAGCAAAGGCCGAGUCGGCGGAGCCCGAGACCAAGGUGGAAUUGGAGACGAUAUCCGUGAUUAAGAAAAUCGAAAGGUUCGACGACGACAAGGGGGAGACGGAAAGUGUCGAGUCCGACGUCAGUAAAGAGCGGACGGAUCUCGCUAGUAAAGAUGACGGUUUGGAUUCCAAGGAGGAUAGUGACUACUGGUCCGCGAAGGAGGUGAAUAUCGACUCGGUGAUACAGAAAGUGGAAGCUCUCUGUUCGGCCGACGAGUUAUCCGAUCGCAGCAGCGAGAUUGGUAAGGACGACUGGUUCGAGCACGACAUGAAAACGUCCGAAGAGGCUAAGACGGAAAUACCCGAAGAGAGCAAGGUCGAGAAUUCCAGUGACGAAUUGAAAAUGGUCAUUUCCGAGGUUACCGAGGAGGAGGAGCACUCCGAGGAGAAAGAGAUGCCGAUUCGUGGCGGGCGAAGGGGAGGAAGGGCGCGCGGGCGUAAGACCAGAGGCGCCGAUCGUGGUGGCGUGCAAACCCGACGGACCAAGGUGAUAAAAGACGAAGUUGUACCUUCCAACCCCACCUCCAUCGUAGUGUCGAAGAGAGGCGGUCGAGGUGGACGGUGUAAAAACGAAAGGAAGACCCUAAAAUGCGAGCUGGAGAACUCCGAUAUUUACGAGUUUCGAGAUGAUACAGACGAAAAUAAGGACCGUCCCAGAUUAAUUUUAACAAUAAAGUCACCAGUUACUCCGACGCCGAACAGCGCAGCCGUCACGCCAGCUGCGGUGGUCAAGGAGGUGGUGGCGGCGAAAGAAAGUGUGUCACCGAAACCUGUGGAGACUAAGGAAGAGUUCGUUUCGCCGACCAACACGCGAAAGUCCAGGCGGUUGCAGGAACGGGACGUGUCCAGAAAUACAGUCGAUGAUACGAUCGAAGACGUCAUAAGAAAUACCGUCGUCACGAGAGCGGCGGGGCCAGUGGCGACGCCAUUGCAAAUGAGGAGAUCCGCGAGGCAGACUGCCAGCAAAGUUAUACAAGAAAGUCCGAGGAAAUCACCGCGUGGUGCGGCGCGACGAAAGGACCGACGCGCGUCGGACACCACCGACGACUCUUGCGAAGAAAAAUCCGUAAAACCUGAAACACCAAGCGAUGUGGAGGUAGCAAAACCACCUACUACCGUGCCAAUGAAAGGGCCAGUCGAGGAGGAAAAGGUGGAGUUGCCCAAGGAGAAACCACACGAGGGAUUAAAAGCGGCAAUGCUGCGGAGGGUAAAGGGUGAAAUGAACCAGCAGGAACCCAUGACCUUAAUCGAUCCUGUGACAGGUCUUUUAACACCAAUGAGAGAGUGCGAGGAAGGAAGAUACAUUCCAAUUUCGGGCACUAAUCAGUUGCAGGCCGCCGCAUUGAAACUGGCGAAAUUACCCGCAACACAACCACCCGUAACCCAACCGUCGUCCAUUGUUAAACCCUUGGAGGCGGUUGCCCAGUCGGUUAUUACAACAUCACCGGUCAUCCAACAGCAAAAGCCGCCACAAUCUCUGAAAGCCCACGUGCUUCAAUCGCAAGUGACCAGGGUGGUUGUGUCUCAACCCCAAGUUCAAAAACUGGUCAGCUCAGCGCCGGCAGUAAGCCAACCCAGCUACAUCGGGAAGCCGAAUGUUCCAAUUAGUCAGCAUCUGAAUAUCAGCGUAUCGUCUCCGAGCCUAUCCCCGGCACACAUUUCACCAAGACCGAGCCCUCAGCCGAACAUAACCAAGUCGAUGCACGCGCUUCCACCCGGUUUAAAGGUGAUACAACAACCAGCACCCCCCUCGCCCAACCAACCAGCGGUGCCCCCACACAAACAGCAGCACAUUCUACAGCCGGUCAACAAGCAACAACCCCAAGUAACAAUCUCAAAAGGUCACCACGUGCCGGUCGCGCUUUCAAACACCAACCAACAAAUCGUCAACACCCAACUGGCGCACAUGAAGCAAAUCGUCGGAAAGGGCCCGGUCAUCAAACCUCACGGCUUACACCCUCAACCUCAAAUACUGACCGGCGCCGUUGCUAGCCCGCCUCUGAAGCACCACGCCAACCCGCAGCAGAUACCCGGCGCGAACACCGGCCGGCUAAUUCAAGGCUCGGCGUCGGUACCGAGCGCAAGCGCGAAGGGAAGCAUGGAGCCGCCCAAGGUGGAGGUCUCGAUGGGUGGCUGCGUUAUGGUUCCUCACCCAUCUUCGUCACCUCAAGGACAGCAGAGGCACGUUUUGCAGACUGGGUUGCCGAUCACCGCGUUCGAGGCCAGCCUGCACGGAGAGAGGAACGUUUAUAAUCGCAGCCGGAGUCCACCGCCGGCUCAUCAAAAUUCACCAUCGCCACAGGGCGAAGCGAUGACGCACUUCCCGCCCGGUUCCGUCAAGCUGCGCGCUCCCCACGACUUACUUCCUGCGCACUACAUGCACCCGCAGCACGUGAUGUACCAGCAGUACCUGCGCCAGUCGUACCACAUGCCAAGUAGGUCGCCAUUGGUGACUGGAAACGUUGAAAAGGCCGGCGAUGGGCAAGAAGGAGAGGAGGCACCUGUCGAGCUGAGAAGGCCGGGCUCGGUCGGUUUAGCUUUGACCGGUCGUUCGCCGGCAGUUCCACUAAGCUUACAGUCGCCUCACGAUCGGACUACAGAUUCUCCGCAACUCGGACAAGUGUACAACAUGCACAACUCUCGGUUGCACUACCACCCGGGUCGCUACUACGAGCAAGCAACCGAACCGCCUCCCGCCCAUCGUCCUUUAACUAGUCAUAGCUCUCUAGCAGCGUUAGGAAACGAUCGUCCAUUAAGUCACAUAGGUUCGCUAAACACGCCGGAUAGGCCGCUCGGCAGCCAUCUUCCGCCCGAGAGAUCGUUGAGCAGUCACCUCCCGCAGGAGCGAACGUUAGCCACUAGUCAUAUUACAACAUUGGGAGUACCCGACCGACCUAUCUCCACGCAUAUUCCGCCGGAGAGACCCCUGUCGUCGAGCCACGGUUUUCCGCUGGGCACGGGCCUGGGAGCUGCCGGUAAUUUAAUGGGGGCGGUCGCCAGGCACGUCGGCGCCGAGGCUCCCGCUAGUCAACGGGGACUUCAGGCGGCGACUCCGCCGCACGCUAGUCAAGUACCGCCGCAAGCCGAAAGUCUCCUGAUGCUCCUCAAGCAAUAUCCGUGCAUGUGGCAGGGACUUCUGGCGCUGAAGAACGACCAGGCCGCUGUACAGAUGUACUUUGUUUCCGGCAACGAUCAGGUUGCCAAAUGCAGUCUGCCGAAGAAUACGGACGGCUCGACGCCACCGCUACGCAUCUUCCAAAGGAUGCGGUUGGAGCCGCCGCAAGUAGAGGGCGUUGCGAGAAAAAUGCAGAUGGAGAACGAACACUGCAUGCUGCUAGCGCUACCAUGUGGGCACGAUCACAUGGACGUCCUAAAACAGUCCACUAACCUAUCCACCGGUUUCAUAACUUACCUUCAACAAAAGCAGGCGGCGGGGAUCAUCAACGUAGCCGCCCCCGGCACCACUCAACCGCCCGCGUACGUCGUUCACAUCUUUCCAUCCUGCGAUUUCGUGAACGAGAACCUAAGAAGAAUUGCACCCAACUUACUGGAGAGGGUAUCCGAUAUUGCACAUCUACUAAUAGUUAUAACCACCGUGUGAUAGCACGCUAACGACACGAAGAAGAUCUUUAAAUUCAUUUAAAAACAAAAAAAUGUUAGAUUUGAAAGUGUAAAUGUUGCUUACUUGUGUAUAUCUAUUAUCUAAACGUUGCCCUACUUGACUCGGUCACGUGACGAAAUCGCGUCCACGAUUUUGUCAAUUUGUUCUCGAAAUAUGAAGCUAACGUAAAAACAAAAUUACUUAAUAUUUAAAAUUUCACUGUGAUUUCUUGACAAAAGUAGUUAACGUUAAACUAUUAUAAAAUUAUAAAGUAUAAAAAAUACACUACCUACCUAUAAGAGAUCUCAUGAAUGAAAUUAGUUAUUUAGAUAUUUAAUAUUAUUCAGAAGAUUUUUA